AUGUGUGACUGCCUAUACUGCUGCUUCAUUGACGACGAGAAAGCCGAGACUUUGCGUGAUGCACUGCUGCGGAUGUGCAUCGAGCUUAGGCCUUUAGAUGGGCCCUAUGCCGUUGUUAGAACUGAUCCUGCCCCUGGAUUCAAAGCGUUGGUGAAUGAUCAGCUUCUAAGGCAACAACGUGUUUCUAUUGAAGUAGGUCGCGUUAAAAACCAAAACAAAAACCCCGUCGCAGAGAAGGCUGUGCAGGAAUUAAUUAACGAAAUUCUUCGCCAGGAACCUAUGUGUGGAAGGAUUACGCCACUAAUUUUGUCUCUAGCUACUGCCAGCCUUAACAAUAGGAUUCGCUCAUCUGGAUUGUCUGCUCGUAAAAUGUGGACCCAACGUGAUCAGUUUCAGGCCCAUCCGAUUCCUUUAAAUCAUUUGGAUCUUAUCCAGAGUAAGACGAAUUUGCGCUUAAAGAAUCAUCAAUUUAGUGAAAAAUCAAAGGCACCUUAUUCUAAGGUAUUGCAAAAAAUAGAUGUGUGUGUUGGUGAUUUAGUGUAUUUAAUUUCGGAUGGUGAUAAAUCUAAUGGUAGAAAUCGUUAUUUGGUUACAAGUGUGGAAGGACAAUGGUGUUAUGUGCGAAAAUUCAUAGGCAAUCAGCUUCGUAAAACAUCUUAUCGUGUUAAGAUGUCUGAUUGUUUUAGAGUUGGAUCAUGUGAUAAACCCGACGAUUCGAUUGUGUCCGAAUCCGACAAUGACUUGUCUGACGACGAAUUAGACACCCCACCUUUAUCCCAAUGUGUCAGUCCACCUAUACCACCAGAUAUACCCAGUGUGCUGUCGACUCCAGCUGAUAUCGUGGAUCCACUUGCCGUUACCUUACCGGAACAAAAUAUGUCUUUAGAGGAACCAAGAAGAUCCAAUCGUGUCAAGAGGUUACCACAGAAAUUUAAUGACUUUGUUAUGAAUUGA